AUGAAGUCCGGCUUUCUUCCUUUGGCGGUAUUGACUGCUUUGGCUGCCUUUGCAGGCCCGAUUUUGGCUGCUCCCGUGCAAGAUGUGAAGCGCGGCGAAGAUCAGGCCAGCACCGUCUUCUACGUCGGCUAUCACAAGGCGGUGGAAGAUGCUGUUGCAGCUGAGAAGCGCGGCGAGGAUCAAGCUAGCACCGUCUUCUACGUCGGCUAUCACAAGGCGGUGGAAGAUGCUGUUGCAGCGGAGAAGCGCGGCGAGGACCAAGCCAGCACCGUCUUCUACGUCGGCUAUCACAAGGCGGUCGAGGACGCAGCUGCAGCAGCAGAGAAGCGCGGCGAGGACGAGGCCAACACCGUCUUUUACGCCGGCUACCGCAAGGCUGUCGAAGAUGCAGCAGCGGCAGCGGAGAAGCGUGACGAGGACCAAGCCAGCACCGUCUUCUACGUCGGCUACCGCAAAGCGGUCGAGGAUGCGGCGGCGGCGGCAGAGAAGCGCAACGAGGAUCAGGCCAGCACCGUCUUUUACGUUGGAUAUCGCAAGGCGGUCGAGGAUGCAGCUGCAGCAGCAGAGUAG